UGCCUCCAGUAUAUAUAGGAACGGAGGGGACCUCUCCCUGUCAGAGCUGCUGCUGAGAGGAGGUCCUUGAGUUGCUCAAGCAAGCCAGCACCAUGAAACUGCUCCUGCUGUUCCUGCUCUGUGUUUCCUCCGUUAGACCCCAAGGCUCUACUGACUAUGACGAUGAGGAUGACACCCCUGUGGUCGACGUUCGGGGCCACCGGCCUGUGGACAAGAGGCGGGAAAUGGCCCCCACGCUCCGACCUGUGGCGCCUCCCAUCAGUGGGCCCGGAUACCGGCGCCGGCCCCAAAAACCGGACAAGAAGGGGGAAAAGAAAGAGCGUAUCGUCUAUCCCGAUGCUGGCGGCUGCAAGCAUGCCCUGGAGGAGAUGGGAGUGCUGUGUCCAACUGGAUGCGAGCUGCAAACUACACUGCUAAAACAGGAAAAGAGUGUGAAACCAGUCGUUCGUGAUCUAAAAGAUAAAGUGAGCAAACUGUCUGAAAGCUCUUCAACUUUCUUCGAAUAUGUGACUGUUCUAGAAGAUAAACUGGUAAAGAGGCAAAAACAAAGAAAAGACAAUGAGGACUUACUUUCUCAGUACAACACAGAAGUGGAAUUGCAUUACAAUUAUAUAAAGGAUAAUCUGGACAAUAACAUCCCAUCUAGUCUCAGGGUCCUUCGUGCAGUUGUGGAUUCUUUACACAAAAAGAUACAAAAGCUGGAAAAUGCCAUUGCAACGCAGGUGGACUACUGCCGUUCCCCAUGUGUUGUUUCCUGUAAUAUUCCAGUGGUUUCAGGCAAAGAAUGUGAGGAUAUAAUCAGAAAGGGAGGAGAGACUUCUGAAAUGUACCUCAUCCAGCCAGAUCCUUUCGUCAAACCAUACAGAGUAUACUGUGACAUGGAAACAGAUAAUGGAGGCUGGACUUUGAUUCAGAACCGCCAGGAUGGCAGCGUUAAUUUCGGGAGAAGAUGGGAUCAGUAUAAAAAUGGGUUUGGAAAUGUUGCAAAGAGUGGAGGGAAGAACUUCUGUGAUACACCAGGUGAAUAUUGGCUUGGAAAUGACAAGAUCAGCCAGCUGACCAAAAUAGGGCCCACUGAAGUUUUAAUUGAAAUGGAGGACUGGAAUGGUGAUAAGGUGUCAGCUCAUUAUGGAGGUUUCACCAUACAGAAUGAAGGAAACAAGUAUCAGCUUUCAGUCAGUAACUACAAAGGCAAUGCAGGCAAUGCACUGAUGGACGGAGCUUCACAAGUGCAUGGAGAAAACAGGACAAUGACAAUUCACAAUGGCAUGUUCUUCAGUACUUAUGACAGAGACAAUGAUGGAUGGUUAACUGCAGACCCAAGAAAACAGUGCUCCAAAGAAGAUGGUGGUGGAUGGUGGUACAACCGCUGCCACUCAGCCAACCCCAAUGGCAGAUACUACUGGGGAGGGACCUACAGCUGGGAUAUGGCAAAGCAUGGUACAGAUGAUGGUGUUGUAUGGAUGAACUGGAAAGGGUCAUGGUAUUCCAUGAAGAAGAUGAGCAUGAAAAUCCGGCCAUACUUUCCACAGUAACCAUUAUCAAAAUGUGCAGAAUCAGGGAUUUUCUUUUAGUAUUUGAACAUGGUUAUCUUCUGAGCAUGAUAUUCAGGCUUGUCUUGACACAUGAAAAGCAAAUAUGUAUGUACAAGCAUAUUGUGACCCAAAGUGAAAAGCUAUGUCAAAUGUAAAUCAAAAACUGACUGAUGAAAAUAACUUACAAGUGUAUUUUUCCAUUUUUCAUUUGUUCAUUAGACAGAAUUAACUAGUAUGGAAUAACACUGAAAACCCUAAACCCUGCUUGUUUCACUCUAUUACCGAGGUCUUCUUUACUACUUUUAAAGAGGGAGAGCAUUUUUUUAAAAUGUUUUCUAAAAAUUAAAGUCUUAAAACUAAAA